AUGGUCAUUAAAGCCAAUGCAGCUCACCAAGGAAGAUCACAAGGUUGUCGAAAUUGUCGGGAGUGUUCCCACGACAACGGCUGCACGCGCUGCAGAGAGCACGUCUUCCUCUUUCUGCAGCGGGACGGCAUGUCUCACCACGGAACGUGUCUCCACGCCUGUCCUUUCGGAUACUUUGGCCAGAGGGGGCGGGACAUUAACCGCUGCUUAAAGUGCCGCUCAAUGGACUGUGAGCAGUGCUUCAGCAGGGACUUUUGCAUCAAGUGUAAGCCGGGUUUCCAGCUCUGCAAAGGCCGAUGUUUGAACCGCUUCCCUGAGGUAACCUCUGCACAACACAAUCAGUGUCUCGGAGAGGAACACCACGCUCAGAGUGAACCAUGGGCUACAAUCGAAGACUGCGCCCUGGAUCCGCUGGCUGAGUGGAGCCGCUGGAGCAUCUGCCUGCGAGACGGCGCCCCCUGUGGCUUCCGGUCGGGCCAACAAAUGAGGAUGUGGGGCAGUGCAAGACUUGGACCCUCACUCUGCCCGUCACAAAGCCAGACGCGGAAGUGCCGGAUGAAGAAGAGGUGUCCGACAGAGCUAAGGGGGACAAAGACAAGAGGCUUCGGAAGAAAGCGGGAGAGAAAAAGAGUGUGGAUGCUCGCCAACAGCAGCACUGACAGCAAACUGGACAACAAGAGUGUCCGCAAAGAUGCCUGAUCACAACACACAUUCAUUUAUUAGCUUAGCACGGCUAAAAGCCAUAGCAGCUGAGUGCUCUCACACUGAAUCUCAGCAUGAGUGUGUGUGUGUG